AUGGCAGAUACAGGUGCAGAUGAUGGCAUGAACAACGCUUCUGUUGCUGCCAGCCUGAGUCUGGAUGACAGCUUGAGUAACAGCUUUCUGGAGGAGCAGGCUGACCUCGACAGAAUGGAGCAGAUCAUGACACGGGUCCUUUACACCAUGAGGCCAGCCAGGCCCGACAUUGUGCGCGCAGUACGUGCCCGGCGCGCUCUUUGGUGCUGCGGCCGCGCUUUCCGCGGCGGUGUUCCUGGAUCGUUCCAUGCAAGCUUUCCGACUGGGGAGAUAGAUGAGUUUUGGAGCCAUAGUUGGCAUGGCGAGAAGCGCAUCAAGAUAAUGACCGCGUUGUUCCUGAACAAUGGAGCUAUUGCGCCAGUGAUCGCCACAGUGUUCGCGAUCGUUGCCACCAUCCUUUUCAUCGUCGGCGUACUUCCAAUGAAGUUUUCUGGAGGUUAUGAUGUCUCCUUACCACAGUAUCCUAUGAAAAGCUAUUGGGGCAAAGCUGUGGGUCUGGUGGCCUUUUGUGUGUGUCUCUUUUGCUGGCAGCCAGGGAGAGCGAUCUUCAUGGAUGUCAUGUGCAUCAAUCAGGAUGACCCGAAAUCCAAAGCCUUGGCGCUGUUCAGUAAUUAUGCCAGCAGUCCUGAAGGCCACAAAGCUUCAAAGUCUCUGCUGGUGCUAUGGGAUCCCUCCUACACUCAGCGCCUCUGGUGUUGCUUUGAGAUCGCUGCUUUCUUGCGGAGCCGCGGAAGUGGGGAAAAAGCAGAUGUAAGAGUCAGGCCUACACUGCUUGGCCCUGUGUUCGUCUCACUGCCCAUUGCUUUGGCCAUCACUCAACUCGGUAUGGGCUUCGUCCCACUCACUUCAGAGGAGGGCAGUAACCAUGCAGUGAUUUGGCCGAUGAUGGUGGGGUCUUCGUUUUGCGGAUUUUAUUGGAGCGUGGCCAAACUACGUGAGUUUUUCCGGUCUGUGGAUUCGCUUCAUCGUGAGCUGCAGCAGUUUCGAUGCGGCGACUGUCUGUGCUAUUGCUGUUCCGUUGGCCACAGAACGAAAGCUGGGAGGAAGAUGGCAUGUGAUCGCCGAAUCCUGCUUUCGUGCAUAACUCUCUGGUUUGGCAGCGCUGAGAACUUUGACACUCUCGUGCGCUGUGAAGUUCUGACCUGCCUUACCGAGCAACUUUCGUCACAGGUUCUGACAUACAAGCAGUUUGCAGUUAUGGCGGUGCCUGUUGUCUGGCACCACCUUGACACUAUGUCCGACCCUCUAGAAUGGGCACUCAACCCGGCGCCAGGGCACAAAGUGCACCUGCGGUAUGAGAUACUUAUAUCUUCUCUGGAGAUAGUCCGAGGAAUUGGCUGGGCAUUUGGGUUGUUGCCCAUCAUUUUCUUUGUGACCGCCAAGCUCACAUGUUGGUUGCGGAAGAGAGUCGGCCAGUCUGCAUGCGCGCAGAUGUGCGGAGACAUCUUGGUCAACUGCUCGAUCAUGACCGCGGUGACAAUGCUCCUCGUGGCCGCCUUGGCGUUAGAGACGGUGCCCUUCAACCUUAGUGCCGUGGAGCAUGGCCGAUUUGGCUCAGUCAUAGCGAUGGUCAUCUUUGACGUGAUCGUCCUCCUUUGUGCCAGGCUGCUGUUGAAGUGCAUUCCUAUCAAGGUGCGCUUUCCAGCCCAGACGCUCAACUGUCGAACCCCACCACUUUGA